ACGUAAUUAAUAAACAUUAUAUUAAUAAAGAGACAAUACUGCUGCUAGCACAUCAUGCAAUUCCUUUUGUCUUAUAAUGAUAUUCAUGAGUGGUUGCAGUUGAUGACGUCAUAAUGAGCCCCGCCCUGCUGCAUCUUGCUGCAAAGACAGUUUGAAAAUGAAGUCUUCUUUCUUUGCUCUUCUUUUAGUCUGUGCUGCUGCUGUUGCUGUACAAGGCGAACAGGUUGGUAACGGGACCAUAAGACUCUUCAACAAUAAGACUGGACCAGGAGUAGCCUCUGGUGCCACCAAUGCUGGUAUUAUACAGAUAUAUAUUGAUGACCAGUGGGGGAAUAUCUGCUCUAAUCAGACAGCAUUUGGUCAAAGAGAAGCAGACACCGUCUGUUAUCAACUCGGAUACAAUGGAGCUGAUUCCUUUGGAACUUAUGGAGUAGCUUUGUUUGGUAUUGAUACAUCAGCAGCAGUUAUUAAAGACGUUCAUUGUGACAGUGAUCAGUAUCAAGUGUUAUCUCAGUGUCACUACAGUCCUGCCGACUCAAACAGCUGCAGUGAUAAAACUGACAUUCAUGUAACAUGCUCUACCACUGAUAUUUGGGGUGAUCCAUAUGAUGGGAUGGUCCGACUGGUAGAAGGUAGCUAUUCAUCUGAAGGACUAGUUGAAGUGUAUUGCAACAAGGAGUGGGGGACAGUCUGUGAUGAUGGCAUUGAUGAUGAUGAAGCUGACACUGUCUGUGUUCAACUUGGAUACACUAAAUCAUUCAAAUGGGACAAACUGCCAAUUCGUGGUAAUGGAUCUCAACCAAUAUGGCUAGAUAACUUGUACUGUGGACACACUGACAAGACUUGUAUUGGUUACUGUCAGACCUGUCCUUCAAAAGAGAGCACUGAUUGCAGUCAUGGUGAAGACCUAACAGUCCAGUGCACUUAUAAUAAAGCAAGUUUUGAGAAAGGAUCUUUACGUACUACAUGUACUGGAAUAGAAGAUUCUUGGUGGACUUUCAUUCACAUUGUUAUAAUAGCAGCUGCUGGAUUAGUUGGUUUCAUCUUGUGCUGUUUGUGUGUGUGUCUUUCAUUCUGUUGCUGCUGUGCUGCUGGAGCCAAAAAGAAGAAAAAGGUUAUCAACACAGCUUAUACUCAGUUUGACUGAAAACCUGCUGCACCUUCUCCUAAUAUCAAAUAAUGUAUUUAUCUACUGCUAUAGCUGAAGUAAAAAAUGUCUAUAGACUAUUUUCUUUCUACAUUGUGUAUUUUUCAAUAACUAAACUUUUGUGCUAAGCCUCAUAAGUGGUUAUACUAGAA